AUGGAGAGCCUGCCAAUGUUGCGAGUCACCCAUUGUGAUCGUAGGGCAUCAGUUUUUAGCUUGGAAGAGACGGAGCCAGUAGAUGGUUGGUCACAGACUUCAUAUCCGGUUUGUAUGACCAAGCAUACAUACGAUUGCGGUCUGUUCCAAUCAUUGCAUUACCCAUGUCGACAUGCCCUGACAGCAUGUGCAGCUGCGAAUAUUGAGUGGGGUUAUUUUGUUGAUCCUGUGUACACAAUGGCCUCUGUAUUCAAGGUAUACGAGAGGGAAUUUCCGCCGAUACCUAACGAAAAGAUGUGGCCUCCAUGGUACGGUGCACGCCUGAAGCCCAACUCAGCCAUGAGGAAGAAGGCAUCGGGUAGGUCGGUAUCCACUCGAAUCCGGAAUGAGAUGGAUGCCAUUGAACGUGCGGAGAAGAGAUGUGGGCUCUGCCGCGAAGAGGGUCACACCAGACGUGGGUGUCCCAAUGCGCCCCACUCAAAUCCAUGA